UCAGGGGAGGGAUGGAAAGUGAGAGAAACGGAGACAACCCUGCAGGCCUCCAGACGAGGCGGGACUGGCCUCCUGCUCAGGGCGUCUUGGGCUCCCCGACUCCUCUCACCGCUGGAAAGCCCCCUAAUGGGGAGCGCCCACUAGUGCACCCAUAGGUGGGCACCACUGUAUGCCCAGUGAGGCCACCGAGCUUGACCUGGGGCAGACAGACAAGUUCAUCAGUACUAGGCAGAGCCGCGCCCCCCGGCUCACGCUUCCUCGUGCACACAGCCGGCCAGGCCAGCAGACACGCAGAAGCAGGGCCCUGGGCCUGUCAUGUGGCGCAGCUGGUGGCUCUGGCCCCUAGUGGCCGUCUGCACUUCAGACCAGUUCCAGGAUGAGGCUGCGAGAAUCAUGAGGGGCACACCUGUCAUUGAUGGGCACAACGACCUGCCCUGGCAGCUGCUGACCAUGUUCAACAACCAGCUUUGGGACGAGAGGGCCAACCUGACGAGCCUGUCCCGCACACACACCAACAUCCCCAAGCUGAGGGCGGGCUUCGUGGGGGGCCAGUUCUGGUCGGCCUACACACCCUGUGACACCCAGAACAAGGACGCUGUGAAGAGGACCCUGGAGCAGAUCGACGUCAUCCACCGCAUGUGUCAGAUGUACCCCGAGACCUUCGUGUGCGUCACCAGCAGCACAGGCAUCCGACAGGCCUUCCGGGAGGGGAGAGUGGCCAGUCUGGUGGGAGUGGAGGGCGGCCAUUCCAUAGACAGCAGCCUGGGUGUGCUGCGGGCACUCUACCACCUGGGCAUGCGGUACCUGACCCUCACCCACAGCUGCAACACGCCCUGGGCUGACAACUGGCUGGUAGACACGGGAGACGACGAGGCCCAGAGCCAAGGCCUGUCACUCUUUGGGCAGAGUGUGGUGAAGGAGAUGAAUCGGCUGGGCGUCAUCAUCGAUUUGGCCCACGUGUCCGUGGCCACCAUGAAGGCCACUCUGCAGCUGUCCAAUGCCCCCGUCAUCUUCAGUCACUCCUCGGCCCACAGGCUGUGCGGCCAUGCGCGCAACGUGCCUGACGACGUGCUCCAGAUGGUGAACGAGACGGGCAGCUUGGUGAUGGUGAACUUCUACAAUGAUUAUGUUUCCUGCAAAAAGGAAGCCACCCUGUCCCAAGUAGCAGACCACCUGGACCACAUCAAGAAGGUGGCAGGAGUGGGAGCUGUAGGCUUUGGUGGAGACUUUGAUGGUGUUUCAAGGCUCCCACUGGGGCUUGAGGAUGUGUCCAAGUACCCAGACCUGGUCGCUGAGCUGCUCAGGAGGCGGUGGACGGAGGCAGAGGUCAGGGGCGCCCUGGCUGACAACUUACUGAGGGUCUUUGAGGCCGUGGAGCAGGUGAGUGAUCGCACCCAAACCCCUGGGGAGGACCUCAUCCCACUGGACAAGCUGGAGGCUUCCUGCAGGACUGCGUACGGUUACUCAGAGGCCUCCGGCCUCCACCGCCAACCAGGGGCCCUGCUGGCCUCUCUCGCCCCCCUGCUCUUCAGUCUGCAUCUGCUAUGACUCCCUGGGGGCCAGAACCCCUCGGGCUCCUGCAGCUUGGAAGACCGACCCUCAGAGCGGCAGCGAUCCCAGGAAUGCACCACCUGUGUGCAAGGCCUGGGCUCCCCUCGGCCGGGGUGCCGUGGGCCCUCAAUAAAGGCAUUCGCCCCUUAA